CAUUUGCAAAAACUUUUCCACGAAAGAUAAUACUAACUCCAGAUCAAUUUUCAAAAAUAACCAAAUUCCAAAAACAAAAACAAGUUGAUUUAAAUGUACCAGCUGCAAUACCAUUAGUAACAAGUACUACAGAAGUUAAUAAUCAAUUGACAUUGCCAGCAGUUGAGAUUGAUAUAGCAAAGUCUAAAAACUAUUCUACUACUACUUUACAAUAUAAUCAAUUAAGUGCAAUAAAACGACAUCAACGCAUGAUACGAAAUCGAGAAGCAGCAAGUUUAUCUCGUAAAAAGAAAAAAGAAUAUGUAACAUCAUUAGAAGAAAAAAUAACUAUAUUGGAAAAAGAAAAUUUGGAAUUGAAAAUUGAAAAUUCCGCAUUGAAGGAAAGGCUCAAAAUUUUUGACAAAUUAUCUUCAAUAACAGACAGACCUAUUAUCAAAAAAGCCAAAAAAGCUACAGCUAUAUUAUCAGUAGUUUUAAUGAUUUCUUUAAAUAUCGUUCCUUCAGGGCUUUUCAAUACAAGACAAUUUGACAAAUCAGAAAUGCAAAUGAAUCUUGGAGAAAAUUACAAAACCAAAAAUAUCGAUAAUAUAAACUUUCAUAGCAGAAAUCUAUUAUGGGCCAGUUAUUUUGAAGACACCAAUUCAUCAUUGAAUGCUACUGAACAUUUGAUGUGUCCAACAUUUAUAAAUGUAUCUGAAUCAAAAAGAAUUGAUAGUGAACUUCGAAAAUGGAUUGAACCAAAGAAUUUAAAGUUACUGAAUGAUAACUUAUCAAUGGUUUAUGUUGAACCUCCAAUUAUAAGUACUUCUAUUGAACAUUCCAAACAUAAUGAAUACACCGGAGGAAACAAAGACAAAAAAAUUGCAAAAUUGCAAAAAAGGAAUUUUAAAAAAAGAAAGCAAGUUCCAUCCAACAAUGAGUUCAUAGAAAUAUUUGGUCAGUUGAAGUUAGAUAGUAAAGAAAGCUUAUUUGAUUCCAUUGAAAGACAAGAUGAUACUUUUUAUGUUGUAUCUUUUUCUGGUGAUCAUUUACUAUUACCAGCGAGCCAUAAUGCUUCUAAUACUACCCUUCGGCCAAAGAUGUCACUUGUUUUUCCAACUUUAUCAUCAAACGGAUCAGAUUUUGUCACUAUGAUUCAAAUUGACUGUGCAGUAACUGAUACAAAAACAUUACAUAUUCGAGACACUCACUUAAGACAUCAUAAUGAUUUUAAAAAUAAUAUUUCAUCAAACUUAAAACAGCACCAAGACCAUAGAAACGAUAUACCUCACAAGCCCUAUUUUGUACGACAAAGUUACUCUGGUUCAAUGUUUAGCAAAAUGAAUCAUGAACUUCCAAGUUACUAAUAUUUCAAUGUUAUAAAUUCAGGAAUCAUAUCUCAUCAAUUUGCUUUUAUGAUUGAAUGCUAUUUUUUUUUUUAUAAGCAUAUCUACUAAACCAUAUACUAAUAAUAUGAAUUGUUAUGUUUACUUUUUCCUCUGAGAAGUGGCAUUCAAUUGGAAAGUUAAACUAAUGAUAUGUGAUAUAAUUGAAUUAUUUUUAGAUAUGUACCCUAUUUAUAAUUAUUGAGCAUAUAAUCAUAUGCAGUAAAAUAUAAAAAUAUAAUAUAUUAUAUUUAAAAAC